CUCGGAAGUUGUCCGGUCGGAAACAGAGGGAUGUGGCUGCUGGCGGUGUUGGUGCCUCUUCUCAGGCUGUAUUUCUGCGGAAUUAAAGUUCUUAUCUAUCAGACGUUCAACAGAUCUUUUACGCUGCCAGGUACUCAAUAAGUGAUUGCUUACUGAAGGAACCAAUGGAGGGUAAAAGUUCAGGACCUUCAUGCUCUGGCCUCAAUCUGGUCGCACACCCACGGGCAAAAAGCAAAGUCUGGAAAUACUUUGGCUUUGACACAGAUGCAGAUGGCUGCGUAUUGCACUGGAAACGGAUAUACUGUCGCGUAUGUAUGAGUCAAAUUGCGUACUCUGGAAACACAUCCAAUCUGUCGUACCACCUGGAAAAAAACCACCCUGUAGAGUUCAGUGAGUUUGUGAAGAGCAACACGGAUCAGAUGCGCGAGGCGUUCGCCACAGCCUUCUCUAGGAUAAAGACUGAGCCUUCAGGUCUACAUGUUCAGCAACAAUCCCAGGACACAAACCUAAGGCAGAACUUAGACUUUGAAAACAGACGACACAAUGAUCUGACAGCUGCUGUCAUCAACUUCAUCUGCGAGGGGCUGUACCCUAUAGCUGUAGUUGAAGAGCCUACAUUCAAGACCUUAAUGAGUACCAUCGAUCCUGAGUAUUCUCCACCCAGCAAAAGUGAUCUAGGAGUUAAAAUGCUUCCUCGGAUGUAUUGCCGUACCCGGGACAUGGUCUUUAGUGAGCUUGCGGGUGUUUUGAACUGUGGCAUUACUACAGACCUUUGGCAAAGCCAAACCCAGAAUAGAACAUACAUAUCACUCUCUAUGCAUUCGGUUAAUUACAACAGUUCAACUGGCUUCUCUGUGGCCAACAAAUGCCUUAAAACUUUUGAAGUACAAGAGGACAACACGGCCGAGAACAUCACCAGAGCUAUGUAUGAAGCCUUUGUUGAAUGGGGAAUAACUCAUAAAGUCAGCGGUGCCACGACAAACGGUUCACUGGACAUUGUAAAAGCAUGCUCGCUCCUGGAACUAUCAGUGGAAAUGCCGUGCUUUGGACAUACAGUCAAUCGUGCAAUGGAUGAAGCCUUCCAGCUGCCGCAUGUGGACAGCUUUUUGGGAUGCUGCCGCAAACUUGUUGAUCAUUUCAGAGAACCAGCAAUGUAUCUGCUGAAGGAAAAACAAAAGCAGCAUGGCCUUGCUCAGUGUGCACUUAUCACAGACAGGGGUAGGUCUUGGUUGGCCACAUUAGCAAUGUUACAAAGACUGAAAGAGCAACAGGUUGCUGUAACUGCAGCACUUAUAGAGAAUUCCAGCAGCCAUCAUUUCAGCUUUGAUGGUCCUGACUGGGCCUUGUUGGAGGGCUUGGUUGAAGUCCUCCAGUCUUUUAAAGUUGUGGCAAACAUGAUAACUUCUUGCAGGUACCCAACCAUUAGCAUGGUUAGGCCUGUGCUUCAUAUGCUGUUGAACACCACCCUCAAGGUCAAGGAAGGGGACCCCAAAGAGAUCAGCAUGACCAAAGAGGUCAUCUCAAAGGUCCUUUCAAAAACCUAUUCACAGAAUUCACCAUUAUUGCAAGAAAUUUCAACAUUCCUCAACAUUGCUACCUUCCUGGAUCCUCGGUACAAGAAGUUGCCUUUUUUGUCCACUCAGGAAUGCUCUAAAGUUGAGAAUAACAUCAUUGAGGAGGCAAAAGCAAUCCUUGAGAAGCAGAUUGCGGAGCGACCAUGCCUAGAUGAUUUCUCCUUGGUAUCUGACGAGCCACCUAGCAAAAAGCAGACGCCUCUAAGAGAAUCUUCGUCCAGCAGCGUAACCCAGAACAACCCUUUGGCUGCCAUAUUUUGCCAGUCUGAUGCAGACCAGAGCCAGGAGGAGUUGCAUGCACAAGUGGUAGAGGAGCUCAGCAACUACAAAUCACAAAGGGUCUUGGGUCUUGAUGAAGACCCUUUACUGUGGUGGUCAAGUCAUGCGCCCUUGUUCCCCACCCUACCCAAGGUGCUCCAGAAGUACUGGUGUAUUCCUGCAACGAGUGUACCUUGUCACAGGCUGUUCAGCUCCUCUGGGACUGUUCUGUGUGGGAAAAGGAACCGUAUAGCUCCAGCAUUAGUUGAUCAACAGGUCUUCUUGUACGAGAACUCGCGAAACUACUAUGAGCCUGAGCCUUGUGAGGAUGACUUGGACAAUGUUCAUGAAGGAAACUAGUCUGGGUCACUCACUUGAGGACAGUGUGCUAAACAUUGCAAAAAGUCAAAUAAUUGUGAUGACGGUAUUCCUUGUGUACUGUUGGCCUACAUGGCAGACCUGGUGAAGCAUUAAAACCAAGGUGUAUCAGUCAGUAGUAGGCUUGAGCAGUAUCUAUGUUUUGAUACCUUUCUGACAGUUAUUACGCUAGUAUACGCUAUUUAGGUAAAAACAAACCUACCUAAAUCCUAGAGACCCUACGUGAUGCUACUCGGCCAUUAAAAUCUGUGCAUUGCAACUCCACUCAGAGAGUGAGAAACACGGCCUGUGUGACACGGAGAUGACAUGAGAGACAGACUCUAAACUAUAAUCCAAACUGAGAACACAGAAAAUAAAUGAGCCAUUAUGAUUGAUCCACCAGAAAGAGGAGUGUCUGUUUUUUAUGGUAUUUAAAAUCAUACCUUUGGGAUAUCUAGUUUCCGUGUUAUUGUAAUACUUUGAUACUGCCCAAGCUUAGACAGUAGUAUGAAAAUGUAAUGGACUUGUUAUGAUAACCUUCCUUUGAGUAAUCUGUAUGAAGAGUUUGACCUAUAUUGUCUCGGACAGAGCUUAAGUCAGGCAGCAUAAGCAAGAGAAAUGGCUAUCCUGCAUCUGUCCAAGUUGGAAACACCUAGCAACAUCUCCAAAGCCCACACUUCCUCUUGUUUAAUUUGUAAAUGGAAAUGUAAAAUCCAAAACCAGCUGCUUAAGAAAUCAAAUCAUAUAAUCUUUAUAGACCCAUCACAAUCAACUCAGUACAACUUACAGUGAAAUUCAUUCUCUGCAGUUAACCCAUUUUAAGUGUGAGGUGCAGUGUUAGGGCACCAUUACAUACGUGUUUUUUCAUUUUGGGGGAACUGGAGAAUUUGAAGCAAACAUGCAGGCAGCGUGGCUCCAGGUCCAAUCUGAAUAUCUCAACAAAUGUGAAUUACUUUAGCGAUGCUCUAACUUUCCGUGUAGCGCCAUCAUCGCGUCAAAGGUUGUAUUUAUCCAACACUUUGGUUCCUAAUGACAUUCCCAUCAGAAUCGGCUGUACUUUGUGUUUGAAAUAUCAUGCUAACACACUAAACUAGGAUAAAGAACAUGGUGAAAAUUGUGAAAACUGAGCAUUGUCAUUGUGAGCAUGUUAGCAUGGAGCUCAAAACAGCACCAUGCAAAAGUACAGCCUCACAGAGGGACCGUGGCUUUGGACUCAGAGGUGAUGUUGGACCUGUUUCUUUCUACUUUGUGCAGAGCCAGGCUAGCCAUUUUCCCCUGCUUGCAGUCUUUAUGCUAAGCUAAGCUAACAACAUCCUGACUCCAGCUCUAUACCUAACGCACUAAACGUAAAUUGAAGUAAAUCUUCUGGAACGAGUGUAUUAAAAGCCUUUAAGUCUAAUAAACGAUUAUAUAUUUUUUAAAAUAGCUAUUGCACAAAUUAACUAAAAUCAUUAAAUUGCUACAGUUGACGUUUUUCCUUCCUCACAGUAGUUUUUUCUGUCAAAAGCUCUACAGAAAAUGUAGUUUGUACUUUGCACAUCCACCUGUAAUCAAAAACUAAGAGUUUUGGUGAUUACAUAAUAACACUGUGUGUUGUCUCUCAUUAUCUGUGCCUCCUGCAAACAUCUGCUGUAUGUUCUACGCUCUGUUAUAUAUUUUUGGCCUUUUCUGUUGCACUUUUUUGAGGUUCUGUAAUUCAGGUGUUUUGUUUGGGAUGAACUUUGUAAAUAUAUUAUGUAUAUGGACAUUGCAGCAUUAACAAUGAAUGAGUUUUAAAAUUGUCUUGCUCCGCAGAACACAACACAUAAAUUAUGAUGUAAAAUAACUAUGACAGUAAAGCUUUUGUUUUCAACAUUG